CUUUAUCAGACGACCACCUUUGCUAUUAUUGCCCUCAUCCAUGUGGCAGAUGAUUAAGCAAAAGCCAACACCAUGUUGUCUUCAUAAACAGAAAACCUUGCAGUGAAAGCAAGCCUUUUAUUUCUGGAGUUAUCCACCGCGAAGAGACUAAUACUACCUGCAGAAAUGUUGCUGAAGUGCAUUCUUGCGCUCUCUUUUGCCGUAGUUGUCUGCGGGCAGCUAGUUCAGAUCGUGGCUCAUACGCGUCUGGAGGGAAGCAACUUCAUUCAACUGGAGUGCCGUGAAACUUUCCAAAAUGGGUCGAGGGCGACAGUCUUGAACACUCAACUCCUGCUGUUCAACGAGACGGGAGAGUACGUGACAUCGCUACUGGACCGAGAAGGCGUCACUCACGAAUUCUCUGAGCGUGGAAUCUUUAGUUUCGACAUUGACCAAAGAAUCGAAGGCUACUAUUACUGCAGCCGAGACCCAGGGGCAGGCAUUCCUGCCUUGGCGAUAACACUACUUGCUAUACCUCGUAAAGAGGAAGUUCCAGAAUACUAUGAGAGGCAUGUUGGAGAGUCGGUGACCCUCAGAAGUGGUGUCGGGGAGGGAGCAUUAGCUGCCCAUUACACUGCGUCAUUCUACAAGACUACAAGCAAUGAGAUUACGGAGCUCACUACUGUUUCCAGGGGAGAGGAUUUUUCUCUCACAAUCUCGUCACUUCAACUUUCAGACAGUGGGACAUACGAACCUUCAGUUAGCAUCACAACUAUGAAUGGAGAUAUUUUUUAUUAUCUAAGAAAUCCUUCAACCAUAACUUUGACAGUUUACAAGUCUCCUAUCAUUGAGGUUGCCCCUACACCUAUUGUUGAUAAUGAAGGAGCUGAAAGUGUCUCAUUUACUUGUAUAGCGAGUGGUGGACCUUUCUUGAGACUGUUUUGGUUCAGAGAGGAUAAGAACUUGACCAAUUACACUCCAUCCCAGUAUAGUAUCACCAACACCACGAUGAAUGGUGGAACAAAGAUGAGGAGUGUAGUAACAGUUCAUACACCAGGCUUCAAUGAGAGUGGGAGGUUCAAAUGCGUUGCUACCAUCAUGGAUGGCAGAGAUGGCGACGCCUUCAAAGCAGAAGAAAGUGCAGAUUUAACUAUCUUAGAAUCAGAUUUUUACCUAAAGACCAUCAUCACUGAACACAAACAGGUUCAGUUGUGGGUGGAACUAAAGAAUCCAAUCAGCCUCUACCCAGUUACAGCCAUUGUAUACUUCAGAUCGACUGCAAAUCCCAGCCAGGAGCCUCAGCAAGUCCAGACACACAGCAUCAUAACUAGCACGACAGUAAUGGUAUUUCAGCUUGAGCAGCACGACGUGCCUGACAAGUUCCAAGAUGAAAACUUUUACAUCCAAGUUGCUCUUCGUGUUGACUCUGUCUACAGUCCACAAGUCCCCAAAAGUUUGGAUGCAGCCACAACUGCAAAUUUGAAUCAGCCAACCGAGGGCCAAUGUGACAGAGAGAAAACCUAUCAAACCGCUGCAAUUGUCAUCGGCUGUGUUGCUGCUAUAGCUAUAGCUAUAGCAGCACUUAUUUCUAUACCAAUCAUUUAUUGCUGCUAUAAGACAUUUAAAGAGCGUGAACGACGAAAGAGGCAGGCCCAAUUACCAGCAGAAGAAACAAAUCGACUUGAGACACAAUUGGAAGGUUUGAUCAUGAAACACUGAAUAGGGAACAGCCACCAACUCCUGCACAACAAGAGUAUAUCAAUAAGAGAGUUGACGAAAUUCAUGGCAAGCUAAGAGGUGAUGGUUCAGAAGAGACUGACUCUGAAGAGAAAGUGUAACUAAUGGACUGUAGCGGAGUAGCUGUGUUCUAUGUAAAUGUAGUGUUAUUAGUGCUUAAUGUUAAUAGAUUGUAUUUUUUUAAUGAUCAGUGUUUGUCAGCAUAUAUAUAAAACUAUCAAUCAGUAUUGUGCUUGUAUUUUAUAACAUGUGUGAUAAGUGAACGGUGUGCUAAAAAGUGUUU